UAGCUAUCAAGAACAAAAGGGAAGAGAGUUUGCUUGGGGCUUUGCUCAUCAUCCUCUUGCCUUGAAAAACUACUUCCGUGUCUCCCUCUCUGUCUACACACAGUCACACUCUUCUAUUAGUUUCCUUCUUUCUUUCUCUCCCUCUCUGGCUCUCUCUCUCUAUAUAUAUAUAUAUUAUUUAUAAACUCUCUCCAUCUACUGGUAUUCUACUCAAAAGAGAGAAGAAGCAAUGGAGAACGGUGAGAAAGCAGUGGAGACGGUUGUUGUUGGGAACUAUGUGGAGAUGGAGAGUGAAGGGAAAGCCUCGGAUAUGAAAUCAAAGCUUUCAAACAUGUUUUGGCAUGGCGGCUCUGUCUAUGAUGCUUGGUUUAGCUGCGCUUCCAAUCAGGUGGCGCAAGUGCUGUUGACGCUGCCAUAUUCAUUUUCACAGCUUGGGAUGCUCUCAGGGAUUCUGUUUCAGCUCUUCUAUGGCCUCUUGGGUAGCUGGACUGCAUACCUCAUCAGCAUUCUCUAUGUUGAAUACAGAACCAGAAAAGAGAGAGAGAAAGUUAACUUCAGAAACCAUGUCAUUCAGUGGUUUGAGGUUCUUGAUGGAUUGCUUGGGAAGCACUGGAGGAAUGUUGGGUUAGCAUUCAACUGCACCUUCCUUCUCUUUGGAUCCGUGAUUCAACUCAUAGCCUGUGCCAGCAACAUAUAUUACAUAAAUGACAAUCUGGACAAGAGGACAUGGACAUACAUAUUUGGGGCAUGUUGUGCGACCACAGUGUUCAUCCCUUCCUUCCACAACUACAGGAUCUGGUCCUUUCUUGGACUCUUGAUGACGACUUACACUGCUUGGUACCUCACCAUUGCCUCCAUCCUCCAUGGCCAGGUAGAAGGAGUGAAGCAUUCGGGACCAAGCAAGCUGGUGUUAUACUUCACAGGGGCCACAAACAUUCUUUACACUUUCGGAGGUCAUGCUGUUACUGUAGAAAUAAUGCAUGCGAUGUGGAAGCCGCAGAAGUUCAAGUCGAUAUACCUGUUCGCGACUGUGUACGUGCUGACGCUGACGCUGCCUUCAGCGUCUGCGGUUUACUGGGCGUUUGGCGAUAUGCUUCUAAACCAUUCAAACGCAUUCGCUCUGCUGCCAAAGAACCUAUUCCGAGACUUCGCAGUGGUGCUGAUGCUCAUCCACCAGUUCAUAACGUUUGGGUUCGCGUGCACGCCGCUCUACUUCGUGUGGGAGAAGCUCAUAGGGAUGCACGAGUGCCGGAGCAUGUGCAAGCGAGCCGCCGCUAGGCUUCCCGUCGUUAUUCCCAUUUGGUUUCUUGCCAUCGUUUUCCCUUUCUUCGGUCCCAUCAACUCCACCGUCGGCUCUCUCCUCGUCAGCUUCACCGUCUACAUCAUCCCUGCGCUCGCUCACAUCUUCACCUUCCGCUCCUCCGCCGCACGCGAGAACGCCGUCGAGCAGCCUCCGAAGUUUCUUGGGCGCUGGACUGGGGCUUUCACCAUCAACGCGUUCAUUGUGGUUUGGGUCUUCAUCGUUGGAUUCGGCUUCGGUGGCUGGGCCAGCAUGAUCAAUUUUGUUCACCAGAUCGACACUUUCGGCCUCUUCACCAAAUGCUACCAGUGCCCUCCUCCCGUUACGGCCUCGCCUCCUCCCAUCAGCCACAAUCACACUCGCUCCCACCUUUGAAACUUUACUGAGCAACAAUGAAUGAUGCUCUCACGAUAAGAUUUGGGUUCGUUUAGAUCUACAAAAGUUCCCCUAGUGUUUCCCCUAGUGUUUUGUGGGUUCGUUUUGCUUUGACCAUUUUCAUUGUCCUUUAUUAUCUUUGAAAAUUAAAGAAGAAAACAAAACUUUUAGGAACAACGCAGAUAUAUUUCAUCCUUUGUAUUCUUCCUAAACAACAAAAUGUUUAUCCGUUGGGCAUAAUAACAACCCAAAACCUCAAUAGAACUUAGAGACGCCAAACAUUUUCAAGGAUUCAAUUCGAGUUUUUCAACAUAAUUUAUAAAAAAAUGUAGUAAAGAAGGCUUGGAAUAUAGAGCAUAAGCAAAAGUUUGAUAAACAUGCAAUAACAAUCCAACAGCUAAAAUCCAUCACAAGCACCAUAACCAUAACCAUAAUAACCAUAACAACGAGUCCUAAUAAUUCCAAGACAUAGAUGAACACGAAGAUUAAAUAACCAAAAAAAUAACGAAAAAGAUA